UGACAUUUGUGAAGUCUCACAGAAGAUGCUCGUAAAUUUUCAGGGGGAGUUUUUUUUUUUACGAGCGACUCCAGCCGAACCCUGCCGACUUGUUGACCACCGCCGGCCUUGACGUUGGAGACCACGCAGCUCGCAAAGACCCCUGAGGGCUGCUGAUUGAUUUGUCUCGUGAGGGCAGUGAAGGAGCGUUCACUCUCUGGCCUGGGCUAGUGUCUGUUUAUAAAAGUCUUUUUGCAUUACCAUCAUGACAAGUGGAGGUUUGACAGAUGGCAGGGUUUGACUUUUAAAUAUUUAAGGAAUGUUUCUCUCUCUCUCUCUCUCUCUCUCUCUCUCUCCUUCCAUUGUUUCCCACAGUAGAAGAAUGCACAUGGUUAUUCAGAUUGAAUUAGAUUAAUUCCUUUGUGACAUUAGUCUUUGCCGAGUUAAAGGUUAUAAAGGCCGACGUCUAAUCUUCAGUUCUGUCUGGUGAAAAAAAAAAAAGGAGGAAAGGAAAGUUACAAAGAUUGAAUCCUUCAGGCUGGAGUCCAAUCGAGUCAUUAGUUGAAGGUGGAGCCAAGGAGCCAUUCCUUGGAUUCAGCCAAAAGACCCAAAAAAAGCCGCAGCUCUCCCUGCGAACAGCGACAGCUCUGGUUUGGUGUGACGAGUUGCAAUGGGGCUCAGGGAAGCAGUUUGGCUGGGACUUGUGCUUCUCUCCUCAUGUGGAAACCUUUGUGUCGCCUCGCACAAGUGGCCCAACAUCAGCACCAAUGAGACUCUGAGCCAGGUGCCGCAGGAGGAAGUGACGGCGGCGGCGGCGAGCUCGCCGCUGCCGAGGGCGACAGACCGCCGGGCUAACCGCACGGAGGGCCAGCCGGCGCGCUCCCCCGUCACCUACCGCCUCAAGACCUACCAGCUCAGGAGCCCGGCUGUCGGGCAAAAACAAAAAACUAUUCCAAACCCCCAGGAGAUGCAGGCCGGAAGGCUGACCUCAGAGCAGCUGGAGCUGGGGGGAACCGUCCACACGCAGGAGCCGUGGAAACCGGCAGCGAGAGGCCCGGACCUGAACCCAGCUGUCAGGCAGCAACCAAAAGUGAAGGUGGAGCAGCGUGUGCCUGUGCCAGCUCACAGCGUGGCAGUGCGCUGCGGCGAAAGAGAGGUCACCGUGGAGGUCAGGAAGAACUUCCUAGGCAACGGUCAGUUGAUCCGACCAAGUGAUCUGACCUUAGGAGGCUGCGCCGCGUCAGCCGCCGCCGCCGCCACCGCCGCCACCGCCGCCACCGCCCACGUCCUGCUCUUCCAGACGGAAUUACAGAGCUGCGGCAGCACCGUGAAGAUGACCGGAGGAGCCCUCGUCUACUCCUUUUCCCUCGUGUACUCUCCAACACCCAUCGGCAACACCUUUAUUGUAAAGACCAACCCCGCCGAGGUGGCGAUCGAAUGCCACUAUCAAAGGAGGCAUUUCGUGAGCAGCGGUGCCCUGAGGCCUACCUGGAAGCCGUUUGCCUCCGACAUGCUCGCAGAACAGGGGCUCCACUUCUCCCUGCGUCUCAUGACAGAGGACUGGCAGGCGCAGAGGCCGUCUGGUGUGUACUUCCUGAGUGACGUGAUGCACAUCGAGGCGGCCGUCCUGCAGGGUCACCACGUGCCGCUGAGGGUCUACGUGGACAGCUGUGUGGCCACCGCCGGCCCCGAUCCCGGCUCCCAACCCGCGUUCACCUUCAUCAACAACCACGGGUGUUUAACUGACGCUAAGCUGACAGGAGCCAAGUCUUACUUCAUGCAGAGAAGCCGGGAGGAUAAACUUCACUUUCUGCUCAAAGCCUUCAGGUUCCGCCAAGAUCACAGGAAUUCGCUCUACAUCAGGUGUCAUCUGAAAGCGACGACGAUCUCUGUUCCCAUCGACUCGCAACACAAAGCGUGUUCCUUCCUCACGGAGGCCAACAGAUGGGUGGCAUCAGAUGGAGACAACAAGGUGUGCGGCUGUUGUGAAAGCAGCUGCGGCGAGCAGCGACAGAGAAGGAGCCUCGCAGCAGAUGCCGACUUGGACGGUCCUCCUCCAGAUCAGUGGGAGGGGUGGGCCGCUCUGGGGCCCAUCCUGCUGGAGGAGAUCAUCCUGCAGGAGGAGCUGACUGCGGCGUCUGAGCUUCCCCCGGAGCCGCUCCCUCUGCCCGAGAAGCGUGAGGUCGCUUGGGCAGCCUCUUCUCCAUCCAUAGCCCUGAUGUUUGGAGUGGGUGCAGCACUGGCUGUGGUGUUGCUAGUGUUCAUGGGAGCUGUUACUGGCAGCAGACUACGCAAGCCCACUGGACAGGCUAGGACCAUCAUCAUCAUCAUCGUCUUCGUCAUCAUCAUCAUCAUCAUACUGGAUAUGGUCGUCCUCCCACAAAUGUCUAACGGUUAUGGCGGCAUGGACCCGGGUUGACGAGCAACAUGGCAGAGUCCUGAAUCA